UGAAACCUCGUCCUUCGCCCUGACGAAACAUCCUCUCUCUUCUCUCUCUCUCCUGUCUGACAGAGGUUUCUUUACCUCGAAGAAACCAUUUUUUGUUGUGGGUUUAAGUUUCAAGCUUUUGCGAAGCAGAGGAGAGAAGGGUUUUUUUUUAAUCUUAAUUCUGUGUAUGUGUCGGCUAAAAGUGGCAAAUCAAGAAGAUCAGGGCGCCGAGAAACCAGAUGCGAGAGGAGAUGAUCGACCGGCGUUGUCGGAGUUUGACCGGUGGAUGUAUCUUCUUCCGCCGCCGGAGGACAUGGGCAACGCCACGCCGUCGUUCUUGUCGGGCCUGACCAGGGAGACGGAGAUGUCCGCUAUCGUCUCGGCUCUCACUCACGUCGUCGCCGGAAAUGUCCCCAGAGUUCAUGUUUCGCCGGCGGCGGAGGCGGUGGUGUCCCGUCGUGGUGGCGGAGGAGAAGGGACCUCGUCGUCGUCGUCGUCCGGGCAGAAGAGGAGAAGAGAGGAAGAGCACGGCGGCGAAACGGUUGCCACCGCCGGUAUGUUGUCGGCGGCCUCCCCUUUGACGGUGGCUGAUUACUGGUCGGUCGGCGGCGGCGGUUCUAGUGUAAGAGUUGGAGAAGCUUCGAGUAAUAAUGUAUCAGAAACUGGUCCAACGUACGAGUACGCAGCCGCAACAGCCAGUGAGGAACAGCCGAAGAGAAGGUACAGAGGGGUGAGGCAAAGGCCGUGGGGGAAAUGGGCGGCCGAGAUCCGUGACCCGUUCAAGGCGGCUAGGGUCUGGCUAGGCACGUUUGACACCGCGGAAGCGGCCGCUAGAGCUUACGAUGAAGCCGCUCUUCGGUUCAGAGGUAACAAGGCUAAACUCAACUUCCCCGAGAACGUUAAGCUUGUCAGACCGGUUUCGCAACCUCAACCACUGCCACAGAGGCCGACCCAGUUGAUGAUUUCCGGUUCUGGAGGUACCCUUUUGCCCAUUCAGCCUGCGUCCGACCCGAUCAUACAUUCACAGCAUACGAUGAUGACGAUGGUGAGAGGCGACGGCUCAGGGAUUUACAACGUGAACCGUUCUGAGAUGGAUCACGCCGCCGGUUAUCAUCCGUUUCAGGGGCCGCAUCAUCAUCAUCACCACCAAAGUAUGAAUAUGUAUGAUCCAAUGGUGUUCUCAUCCUCUUUUGAGCAAGCUGGAGUACCGUCAAUGCGAUCCUCUAGUUCAUUACAGUCGACCAUCCUCUCUUCUCUGUCGUCGUCUUCAUCAACUUCUCUUCCGUUUUUCCCGGCCGCGCAACCACCGGAAACUGCCAGUGAGAGUGGCAGGGGGGGCAGCGCGUAUUUCUCGGAGCUACAGUGGUCAGACAGGACACAUGAUCACAGUUCAUCGGGAUGAUGACGAUGUUGUGGACUUUCUUGUGUUAUUCAGUGGCAUGCAAGAUUUGGGAAAGCCAUAGGGUUUCGGGUUUAGGCUGCUUUAUCCCAAAUGUUUUCUUUUGUUGGUCCAUGCUAAUAAUUUAUUUGUUGUAAACAUUUAAAAAAAAUAGCCGAAAUAGCAUUAGAUUUGUGGCACAAAACCGAGUUUUCGGACACCAACUUGCUAAAUUCUAAGGCCAAAAUAAUAUUCUAUUCAGACAGUAGUUGACAAGAGGACGGGUUCCUCUUUUUUUGGCAGAGUGAGG